UUCUCCCACCUCACCCACCUUUCCGCUUCGAGUAUACGCUCUCCAGUUCCUCCAUCCCAACCCUCACUCGGUCCUUUCUAGCCCUUUGCCCCGCAUAGCCUUUUGACUUACCGACUUUCGUCGUUCAGCGUUUCGAAUUUACUUGCUUGCUUGAAUUUAGAGAACACUCGCAAGAUGUCUCGUACCGCUCUUUCUACGUUCCUUACCCUCGCUAUUGCCGCCCGUUUCGCGCUCGCGCAGCCCGACCCGGCCGACCCCACCCCACUCGUGGACAAGACCUACUCGUACCCCGGUGGCAUUCCCUACCAGGUCGACUACAACACCGCUGCCAUCCGUGGUCCGCAGACCGGUUACAACAUCUGUAACUCGACGACUGAGAACCAGGAGUCGUUGUGCCAGACGUCGUUUGUCAACCAGAUCGAUGACUUCUGCCUCUGGGCUCCUGCCUCGCCCAACUCUACUAUUGCCGAUACCGAGCAGUCAGAGGUCGCCUGGUGCACUAAGAACGGCCAUGGCACUCGUGUUAUUCCUCCCGGCGCACUCACGGGUGUGCAGUACCUCCGCACGCCCAACUACGUGCAGAUCGCUGGAUACCUGGACCAGACUAAGCUGGACAUUGCUGCCGGUGACUACGGUGGGGAGCUCGACCCCCACGGGGCUGAUCUCCGUGGUAACCCCCUCGGUGGUCUCAUGUACUCGAACGUGUACCCCAGUAGCAACACGGACAACAACACCUAUACCCAGAUCAUCGACUGGAACAGCUUCAUCGGCGGCAACAUCUUCUGCAUCAAGAUCUGCGACCCGAGCUCGAGCUCGUCCGACCAGACCGAGUACUGCCAGAACAUCUACGACGAGCUCGGGUGCAGCUACAACAUGCCCAACAACGGCCAGAACGGCACAUUCGAGGUCUGCGACGCGGACAACAUGUAUCCCGUCGGGAUCUACACGUCCGGCGGGCAGACGCUCACGUACUCGCAGCCGUACACCGGCGUCGUCAGCCCGCCGUACACCGCCACGCCGCCCGCGUCGUCCAACUGCGUCCAGUACGCGAGCGAUGCUCUGUAUAGCGCUACUGCGUCGUCCAGCACGUCUGCGGGUGCUUCGCCUACCGGCACCUCUGGCUCGAGUGGCUCUGGCUCCUCGUCUGGCACGUCUGGCACCGGCUCGGGAUCAGGCUCGAGCGGCGCAGCCUCCGUCGGCGUCUCGGCCGCUGCCGGUCUUGCCGGUGUCGCGUUCGCCAUGGCCAUCUUCGCCUGAACGCCUUCACGGUUCCAAGUAGGCUCCAGCGCGCGAUGGCGAUGUUUACGACAUGUCACAAAGUUACCAUAUAGUAUAAUCGUGGACUAGGACCCCUGGCGGAUAUAAAAUCUGGGCUCUGUUGAUAGUGCUUUUUCGGAAAGGUUUAGUACAAUAUUAUACCAACUCGCCCAUGAACGUUUCCUUCUGCGAGGGCGAUCGUGGACGCGUUUUCUCAUCGGACUUUUGAUUUUAUUAGUUGUCGCUCGUAUUAGUGCUUUUGCUUGUGCGGGUGGUUUAGCUUGCUGCUAAUCUUUGUCUUCUGAUCUCGUGGAGGCGUGAUCAGUGGUUUC